AUGUCUGCGCUUUUCAACUUCAAGUCCCUGCUGCUCGUCAUCCUGCUCUUAAUCUGCACGAGCACCUAUGUCCACCACUUUACACCCGGCAUCAUGGACCGGAACAAGAACGGCUAUAGUGUCAUGGGUAUCUUCUGGAAGUGUGCAAGGAUAGGGGAGCGACUAAGUCCGUAUAUAAGUAUCUGCUGUGUUAUCAUGGCUGUGUCCAUGCUACUCAGCUAA